CCAGGUAAUAUAGGAGUUUGGUCGGUCACCUGUAGAUAUCAAACAAUUUAAUUUCGCAGUGAUUAGUGUGAAAUGUGCUUAUAAAAUAUAAGUAGUUAUGUGCGUUAGCAUUAUGAUUUUUUGAGUUAUCCGUGUAGGCGAACUGUGCAAAAAGUAAAAAUAUUAAGUUAAAGUGCUGGAAAAAUGGCGUACAGUUCGAACGGGUUUUCGGGGGAUGAUUUGGACCGGUACAGGGAUGACGGGGGCGACAAGCCCACUUAUCUCAUGGAGCAUUUGGCCACAUUCACAGUCACCAAAGAAACGGGGAUCUUGUACCCAGCUGAUGGGAUGCGGCGAUUGCUUCAGUUAGAAAAAACAAACGGCAUUUGGUCCCAGAAAAUGCAACUGUGUCUGGACCGCUCUUGGGUUCUCAUAAUGGAUUACGAAACUGGGAGUGUUAUGGAACGGUUCCCAGCAAAUUCCAUCCAUGAGCCUACAGCUUUUACCAGCCACGACCCCAUGGAGAUGUACAACAAUAUUUUAGUUUUUAAUGUUGCCAACUCCAACCCUGUUCACCCCCCCGAAAUGCACAUAUUUCAAUGUCAGAGCAUAUCCGCCCAGGACCUCGUUGAAGACUUAAAACAACUGAGGAUGGGUAAAACUUUAACGCGAAGCCGCAAAAGCAGCAUACCGCCCCCAACCCACAAACCGCCUCAUAACAUAAUAAACACAACGCGGGAUCCCCGCGAUUACCACGGCUCAGACUCCGAGCUCACGGCAAACAACGACGACUCCAGCUCUACCACCAGCGAGAAAUAUGAACGGGACGUAACCAUCCUCAACCACUGCUUCGACGACAUCGAGAAGUUCAUCGCGAGGCUGCAGCACGCGGCGGCGGCGGCCCGCGAGCUGGAGCGACGGCGGCGAAACCGCAAGAGCAAGAAACGCGACAUGGGGGACGGCAUGCUGACCAUGCGGACCAAACCACCCCCGGAGAAGGAGUUCAUCGACAUUUUCCAGAAGUUCAAGCUGUCGUUCAACCUCCUGGCCAAACUCAAGGCGCACAUCCACGACCCCAACGCCCCCGAGCUGGUGCACUUCUUGUUCACCCCGCUGGCGCUGAUCGUGGAGGCGUCCCACGACACCUACCAAGACUCGCAGCUGCCGCGGAAGGUGGUGGCGCCGCUGCUCACCCGGGAGGCGGUCAAUCUGCUGAUGAACUGCGUGACGAGCAAGGAAACCGAGCUGUGGCACUCCCUGGGAAACGCGUGGCUUAUACCCAGAGACCAAUGGAAAGGUCACGUCCCUCCCUAUCACCCGAUUUUCAUGGACGGCUGGUCCCCCGAUUAUCCGGUAGUAGACGAAUUAGAAGCAAACAAUGACAACAAAAAUUACAAUGACGGGCCAUACAGUAGCGAUUACAAUGACGAUUAUCCCAAUCACCGAGACAUGUUCAUUUACGAUAAAAGCACGGAAUCCCACCAUCAAAAAAUGGAGCCCGAGAGAGAUCUUCCGCCGAAUUUGGAGAGCACUCGGAGUGAUAUUUCGGUGGAUUCCAUUGAGAGAAACGGCGAAGAUCGCGGAUUCGGUCGCAGUCAGGACAGCUUUUUGGACGAUCUGCAAGCGAGAGGGGCUAAUAUUGUUGUAGUAACUUAUCCCAGGACGGCUAAUAAUGACAAGGAGUUGACAGUCGUGCGAGGAGAGUAUUUGGAGAUUUUGGAUGACAGUCGCAAGUGGUGGAAAGCUAGGAACAGCCGUGGCCAAGUUGCUCAUGUGCCUCACACAAUUGUGACGCCGUAUCAUCAUUCUGGCGGAAAUGAUAUUUUCAAUAAUCCUUUAUAUACGACACACAAUAACUACAAUCGGAAUCGAGCGGAUUCUCCGGACCGGUUUAGCGGAGGUCACAGUCCGAACACCCCCGAGCAUGUGAAUGCUCCCGUUUCCACAACUUCAGCUGAUUGGGUUAGAAAAGAAAGACUUGAAAAUACCAGCGCGCCACCGCCCCCGGCCCCCCCACCGCCCCCACCCCCGGUGAUUUCCGCCCCGGUAACGCCAGUCACAAGUCUUAAAAGAUCACCAUCGAUUAAAUCGACAGCGACUACAGACAAAAUGCAAGAGGAACUGAGAGACGUAUUAUCGUUGUUCAACGAGAGAAGACAAAAGUCUCACAUAGAGGUCCACCAGACGCCAGAGGUCUAUAUUAAUCAGAGGUCCAACCCCGAAGAGGUGCAGAACUGGCUCAAAAUCAAAAACUUCGAUGCUGGCAUCGUUAGUAGAUUUAAAGGACUUGCGGGAUAUAAAUUGUUCGAGUUAAAGAAGUCGGAGUUGGAGAAGGUUUGCGGCGCCAAGGAGGGGGCUAGGUUGCAUUCGCAGCUGAAUAUACAAAAGAGCGUCAGCGGGUACCAGACUAUUAGGAGUUCAGAGCUACAGGCUAUCUUGGCCAAGGCGAGACAGAGAAUUGAGGAGCCGAGUGGAUAACAACCCCAUUAAGAUGCCUCUGAUAAGGAUCGUAUUAUAACAUAGAAUUAUUUGAUUUGAGAGAUAAUGCAUAUAUAUAUUGGUAUAUCACCUAGUUAGAUUUAAGAAACUUGAACAUAAGUGUUACUACUCUAUCAUGUGCAGGUUGUAUUUUUAAUUUUUUUGGUCUUGUGCUUCGAGUAUAAUAUCGGUAAGUACUGUGUUAAUUACUAUUGAUUAUUGAUUAAUUAUUAGUAAUAAAGUCGAGGAUAUUUUUAAUUAUAAUAACGAAAUAGAAAAUAUGUGAUGCGUUUUUUAUGUAGAUGUUACAGACUGGCACCUUUACUACCAAAAUCAAAUGCAAACGAGCAUUAAGUAAAUAAGUUAAAAAUAAGUUAGAAAGAACGUUUCUUAACAAUAUACGUUGAUACGUACAAGUAAAAAAUUGUUUUAAAUAUAUUUAUGGAUUCAUUCAAACGAGUUAUAUGUAUUUAUAUGUGUAUUUAAAUUCUUGCCAUAUUUACGACGACCAGUCGUGUUUAGUUCCUUAAUGUUUUCGACUGUGGAUCUACAUUUUGUAAACAACAUUAAUAAAUUAUAUCAGUUAUGUGUGCA